AAUCCCUAGAAGGUGACAACAGGGAGAAGAUGAGACCAAUUCCAAGGGAAUUCGUGGUGGACCAAGACGAUCAAGGCUCAGCUAUGGAGGUCGACGAUCUCGAGCAGCUCGAGAUCUGCGGCGAAAGCGCCAUCUCCUUCGAGAAUAAGCUCUCCGACGUCGAUUUCUUCAACAACUUUGAGGACGAUUUCGAUGACACCGACAUCAACUAAAAGAGAAAAGAAAAUCAGAGUACUAAUGUUUCUUCUUUUCCGUCUGUUCCCGCUUUCUAAUUCGAACUCUAUGGAUAAUGGUGUUAUCAUCUGCCAAUUUUUGUCGGUAUAAAUGCGAUUUUCAGUUUUAGAAUCGUCUUUCAAUUUAUUUUAUUAUUGUUACUGUGCUUUGUUUGUGAUUCU